UCAGCCGUCAACACGUCACUCAGCAGCCCAAACAAACCAGACCACGCCCCUCCAGAGUGGCCAACCGACCAAGUUCGCGACGACCACAAUCACACAAGACACACACUCUGGCCGCAUUUGGGCCGAGCUUUGAACUGAUUGUCUCACGUCGAAGUUGGGCGUACCUAUCCGUCAACUUGCUGUCUCUCCAUAGCCAGAAACAAGGCCCUCGAGUUGAGACAUACGAUGCAAGUAUUUAGGGACCCGAACCCACCCACCGUUUUUCCGUGAUCCAUGACAACAGCAACAACUCGAUUCCUGGAUCUUCUGUUCCAUUACUUCUUCAUUCUUCCUGGAUCAGGUGGCUUGUGGUACGACCAUUAUUUCGAAUCAAGGCACUUGACGACUUAGACUACCCGUCUGCAGUUCAUGCGGACUUGUCCAGACGUGACACCCCCCGCCUCAGAACAUAUUUGCCUCUUCGACCUUUCGCCAGACCAGUACAGCACCCGGAACGGCUUCAGAAGGGCAUUACUCUGCUCAUAGCCCACCUGUAGUUCCUACAUUUUCCGCUAUCCCUGAGAUUACACCAACCUUGGCAACAUAACUUAUUCUGCUCAACUCGAUAUAGUUGAUGGAUAAGGUCGUCCACGCCACCUCCCUCCCGAUACUCCCCGGCGCCAUCAUGUCAAAAAAUGAUGCUCCUGAAGUGGAGCAGCUCUUCAAAGAGAAUGGCCGCCUCUAUCAGGUGUGGCCGAGGGACAGAUAUUUGCUUCCAGCAGAUCAAACUGAGCAAGACCGUCUCGACAUUUUCAGUCAAUUGUUCAAAAUAGUUCUUAACAACAAAUUACACACAGAUGCCUCGAAAGUGGAAGAGAAUUCUCAUGUUCUAGAUCUCGGCUGUGGGACUGGCCUCUGGGUUAUACUCAUGGCCCACGAGCUACACCCUAAACCAAGCCUUUUCAUAGGGGCAGACGUUCAAAUGACGCAACCGGAUCUAAUCCCAGCAACUGUCAGAUUCACACCAGCCGAUAUCGAAGCAGCCUGGACGGAAGAGAUGGUUCAACAUGCGCCCUAUGACCUGAUAAACUGCAGGUUGAUGAAGGGUGCUAUUCGUUCAUGGCCUGCUCUAUACGAAAAGAUUGCAGCUCACCUGAAGCCGGAGACAGGUGUUUUUGAACAAUUUGAAAUCGACUGGCAGUUCAGGUGUGACGACGGCCCUAUACCGCCAGCUUUAAAACAGUGGUCAGAUGAGGUCAUGCAGGCUAUGGACCAGCAUGGCAUGUCGAUUCGAUGCAACCGCGAAGAGACUCGGUCGAUGCUACUCAACCAUGGGUUCGAUGACGUUCAAGAGCAGGCCAUCGUGCUUCCCAUAAGUAAUUGGGCAGACGAUGAGCGUGGCAGAGAAAUUGGACGCUGGUUUAAUCUCGCCUUGAACCACAGCACUUUGCCAAUGUCGCUUGCGCCUCUGUUCCGCGUCAUGAAGAAGACACCCCAAUACAUCGACGAACUCAACAAGGCCGCAAGCCGGGAGCCCGAACCAGACCUUCCCGACGUCGGUGAAUUCAAAUAUGGCCAAAUUGACUUAUCAUUGUCCAGCUAG